UAGAAGUCGUGUUUCAAGUCUUCCCACAUAAGAUAAAGAUUUACCAAAGGAAGAGAUAUAGAUAGAAGUAUAGAACACCGCCAUCCUCAACUAUAAAUUCCUCUCUCCUCUCAGUUCUUCAAAAAAGUUGAUCGGAUUGAGUUAAUCAGACUCGGAAUGGAUUCUUGCAGUAACCAACAGAAGAAACAUGGGAUCAUGGUUGAAGGUCAGGGAGGUGAUGAUCUUGAUUCAGUUUCUUCUUCUUUGGAUGUUUCGAGCAGCUUGAUUUCAUCAACUCAUUCAGAUUUCUUGGACGAUGCAACCACGACGACUGAGUCUUCUUCGGCUUCUUGUUCUUCUUCUUCUCCGAAUCAGCUCUCCAGUAAAGGCCCUUUCUAUGAGAUGAACUCUCUCAUGCAACAACUCCCUUUGAAGAGAGGGUUAUCGAAGUAUUUCCAAGGGAAGUCACAAUCAUUCACAUCUUUAUCCAAUGUGAGGAGCUUAGAGGACCUUGCCAAGCCAGAGAACCCAUACAACAAGAAGCUCAAGUACUGCAAAAGCGAUGAAGGAUCGUCAGAAAGCCAGAAAACUUGCACUCCCAAAACCAGCUCAAAGAUUAUCACAAAGAAGUCUUCAACCAAUUUAAGGAUGAACAUAAGUUUCUUGGGCAACAGAAGACCUCGACUUCCUCCACCAAAAUCUAAUAGUUUUUAGAAAAUAGAAGCUAUGUCAUCAUAUCUACCCAAAUAUUCUUUAGAUUAGAUUACUAGCAAUUUUAUUUGUAUCACUUUUUAUCUGAAGCCUUAGACAAAUAAUUAGAUUUUUUUAAGGGUUUUGACUUUUCUCUUUUUCUAGUCUUGUUGAGUACGUUACUUACAUACCUGGAUAUCAUUUUUUUGUUAAUAUAGAUGGACAAU